GUUCGUGAGCUUCCCAUUUGGUUCAUCCCAGUUCACCAGAUCGAGCUAGGUCGGCAUAUCGCGAGUGGAUCUUUUGGCGCGGUUUACGAAGGCACGUGGCUCGGAUCGAAAGUGGUGGUGAAACAAGUUCUCACAGACCAAACAGACGCUGAAAACCGAAGACAAUUUCAGUCCGAGGCGGAUUUGCGGUUCUCCUUGAAUCACGACCACAUCCUCAAGCUCUACGGUGCCUGCCACGAGGAGCGGCCUUUCUUCGUGUGUGAACGAGCGACUCGCUGGACCCUGGCGAAAGGAGCGCCCGGAGAUUUGGAGGUAUAUUCACCAGGCUUACGCCACCUUCACGACAGCGGCAUUGUUCACGGUGACCUCAAAGGGAACAAUAUUUUAGUAUGUGAUGAUGGGGUCAAGUUGGCCGACUUUGGCUUGAGCUUUCGACCAGACACGGCAGCUGCGUCGAACGGGGCUCUCGGCGCUUAUCGCUGGAAGGCGCCUGAGUGCUUGAAUGGCGAAUCGCCAACGUUUGCGUCUGAUAUCUACUCGUUCGGGGUCUGCAUCGUGGAGGCGUUGACGGGGCAGGUGCCAUGGGGGAACUCAAUGCCGGAACAAGCUGUACGAUACAACGUCACAGAGCUGAAG